GGGCAGCGGGACGCCCGGCCGCAGGCCCGCGGCGGGAGCGCAGGGGGUCCCUCUGCCGCCCUGGCCUCGGGACGGAGCCAAAGCAGCGGCUGUGAUGCGGGUUCACGGAAAGUUUCUGCUGCAGAAGGGCCCGCACGGAAACUGCCUAUAAGUGCAGCUUCUCGCCAAGCGGCGGUGGUGGGAGCCGGAGGGUGCGGGCUUCAGAGAACGAGCUUGGCUGUUGUGGGCACCGGAGGGCACUGCUGCACGGCACGGAUGUGGCGGGCCUCUGCGGAAGGCAUACUGCUCAGUCUUCAGGGCACGCGGCUCGGGCGUGAUUAGAAACGGGGGUGGAACUAAUUCUCGCGUUCGUCACGUUCACUGUGCACGUACCAUUGCCCUUUGGAUGGUGCAGUGAUGUUUGACUACUAAAUUGGAAGGGUAUGAGAGGAGCACAGGUAUUUUUUUGUCUCCUGCGAGACGGGCAUAUACAGGAAUUAAACACCCUGGGACGAAAUGGGACAAGUACAACGCUUGCAACUACUUGCAACCAAACAAGUUUUCCUGAAAGAUGUCCUUUACUUUUGGUGCUUUUCAGAGCCAUUUUCUGUCAUCUUGCUACAUCCCUUCCCUUACCUCCAGAGAGGGAUCACCUUCGGCCAAGGAUAGAUCUGGUUGCGUUUAUGAUUGACAUCAAGAGCAAAUACAGCUUGAAGAAUGUUGAAGCUUCCCUAGCAUAUGUGGAUGACAGCUUCUUCCUGGGGAAAGUAUGCUUUCUUGUUGCUGGGGUUGGCAGGGUGAAUUACUGCAGUGUAGAGAUGAAUGCCAUCCGGAACCUGGGAGAAGUCUACUGCAGCCCUGUGCUAUUCUGUGAGCUGGAGGUGGAAGGGUCACAAGUUGCCACUGCUCAGCGACUUCUACGGAUGUUAGAGAUCUGUGCUGGUCACGUACCAGGAGUUUCUGCCUUGUCCUUUAGUUCACUGAUGAGAAACUGUGCUGAUGACUAGCUUCUCAUUGUGAGAAUUCAGCCACAUUCAUCAGUUUUUUCACUUCAGGCAUUCAAGCUGCUGCAGUUGGAAUCACAUUGGGAAGCUUUUUUUGCCUGACUUGUCAUGACCACUCGUCCAGAGCUGUUUCUAGUUGCUAGUCUCUCAAGAAAAGCUUGAUUUGUGUUCAGUGGAUAACAUAGGUGCUGGGAGGAGGGCAGUUUGAAUUGGGGAUUCCUGUCCAUUAUUACAUCGGAAUCCCAUUUCAUGAUCAAGUUUGAGUUUUACCCACUUUGCCAGUGGCCAGGAGCUACAUGUUUUACUGAGAGAAUACUGGAAGAACGGGCCACUAUCCCAAAUGCCGCAUGUCACGGUUGAGUAUCUUCAUUUCAGUAUCACCAGAGUACUAGAGAAGAGGCAGCAGGCUCCUGCUUCCUUUCAGUUGAAAUACAGCACCUUAGACUAAUGUGAAACCUCACUGCCAGGUUUUGUCUCCCCACCAAGAGAAAAACGGGGAAGAAAGGCUGUCCUGCAGCUUCUAGAUAGACUGCACUUGGUAGUUAGUGAUCCAGCUGUGUGAGCAUCUGCCCAGUGAAGGGCUUAGUAUUUCCAUGCCUGAUACCUAAUUGGGGAGGAAGGGACUAAAAAAGAUAAUCUAGCACUUUAGCUUUCUUUUAGACCUUUAGAGAAAAAGGCUCCAUCUAUCAAGCCCAGGAUGACCCUAGCAACCCAGGCUCUGGGGCUGACCAGAGAUGAAACACAGCAGACUGGACUAUAGCAAUGUACAGAAAACACGUGUCUUUUGCAAGUUGGGCAUAUGCUGUGUAUAAUCCUUUAACUAACAGGUUCUUAUCAGUAGUAAUGCAUGCCUUAUUCUUACUGCAAGUCAGUAGUGUGUUUUGGAGUUCUAAGUUAAUAAAGUGUUUACUAUUGAAUAAUUAGUUGCAUGCUCUUUGUUUAGGUGUGUGGCACGGGCUCUUAAAACCUAUGAACACUUGCCCCAGUUGGCCCUGGCAGUAAGGCUGGUCCUCGCUGGCAGUUUGCGCUUGUUUGGCAGUGGGCUGCAGUCAAGCUUUCAGCCACGUGAUGGCAGCAAAAGCUUUCUGAAUGUAAUCCUUCCUGCCUACUGAGUUGUGUCACCUCCAAAAUACAGUGUUUCUUGAAAUGCUGGGAUGUUUCUUACCCAGAAUUGCAUGCCAGGUAGAAAUGAAGCCUAGAGAGAAUGUGUUAAGCUCCCCUCUGGUUUAAUUUAUUUAAUCCCUAAUAGUCUGCUUUAAUGUUCCUAGGUGCAGAGCUCUAGCUGCGUGUGCUGUUUCACUUAGCUUGUUUCUGACAUCUGUCUGUGAGCAGGAAAAAGCAGAAAGCAGCACUGCAGGCUUAAUCAGCUGUGAGUGUUGGCAGUCCUUGCAAAGAGCUCAGCAAGGCACAAAGCCUGUAUCCUUGCUCAGAGGACACGCAAAUCCUAGCUCCAGUUGUACUGUUGCUGGCGGGGGAGGGCUAAGUUGUUUGUCAGCUGGAACAAAAUGAGCUAAACCAUUCAGUUGUGUCACAGUGCCCAAAAGGGCUGGACUCUGGCUAAAACCCAAAGGAGAAAGACAUGUGCAAGCUUGUGGCCAUGUAAGAAGGAUUGGAAGCUUAAUGGGCAUGCCCUACUUUUCAGCUAGCUUUGUGAUCCUGAAGGUACUAGCCAGGACUUUGCCACCAGAGAGGGGCAAUCAUGCUGAGAAACAAGUUUCUCUGUUGGUUAUGCUGUCUCAGUCUUGCUCUCGCUUUGGGUCCCUCAAAAUAAAUGAGACCAUGGUUUAGAAUAGACUGGUUUCGAUUUGCUCUUGAUGUGCAGGUGCAGUCUGGGGGAGGGAAGGAAGGGCUGCGGCAUGAAGUGAGCCAGUCUUUCGUGUCCUCCACAACUGCUGUAAGGUAAGGAGGCUCUUCUGUCUGCUAGGUUGCUCUCCAGUUGCUUCUAAUAACUAUUGGAUUUGGGUAAAAUCCCUUCAGCCUUGAGUAAUUUCACUGUGCUUUCUUAACUGGUGAAAAUGAAACUUUCUUUGGUUCACCCAGAAUGCUUUGUAGCAACCGACACAUGCUAUUGUCCAUUCCUGUACCUUCAAACUGGGGUUUUUUUCCACUGCUGUGUUUCAGAUGCAGUAUUUCUUUCCUUCUACUACUUUCAAAGAAGAAAGAUGCUGUUUGUACUUCCUACAGGUGGCCGAAUCCCAGCUGGUACAAAAUAAAAUCUCGUUCCUUAAGAGCA